GACCCGGACGUGGUGUCUUUUAAGUUCCUCCAUAAUAUUAGGGCGCUUGCAGGAGUCGAUUGAAUAAACAAGGUGGAUCAAUGUCGUGUUUUUAUGGGAUUAUGAACUAUGUCGUCGCGAGGCAGUGUUUCUGAUACGUUACAGCGUUUCGUUCAGCGUUAUCACCGCGCUUGAAGAUUAUAUGUUGAGUUUAAUAACGGCUUACAGACGGUCACAUCAUUAGCUAGCUGCCUGUGGCUAGUUUAGCUCGCGAGCUGUUGUUUACAUCGUUAGCCAGUAAGGCGAUAUAGUUACCCAGACGGUGGAGGAGGGAGCACUAAAUUAAACGGGACUGUUUGGUCAUAUUUUAGAGCUACAUGGCAGAGCUACAUAUUGAAGCCAACGCAGGCGGCCUGAUGGAGCAGAGCGAGCACCGGGAGACCCGCGGCUCCGUUAGCAUGCGCCUGCCGUCACCCAGCUUCGUUCUUCCAGCUCGGAGCGGGUCUUCCAGCCCGGGCCUGUCUGCGUCUAGAGCUGUAUUUGGCUUCCCGAUGAAGAGCAGCCCUUCAUCUCCAUCAGAAUCCACAGAGAAGCCGGGAUCCCGGUGGGUCCGGCUGAAUGUCGGGGGCACUUAUUUUAUCACAACCAAACAAACCUUAUGCAGGGAUCCCAAGUCCUUUCUGUACCGACUCUGUCAGGAAGAUCCUGAUCUGGACUCAGAUAAGGAUGAGACAGGAGCUUAUUUGAUUGACAGAGAUCCUACAUAUUUCGGACCCAUCUUGAAUUAUCUGAGACACGGAAAGCUGAUCAUCAACAAGAACCUUGCAGAGGAGGGUGUUCUAGAGGAAGCUGAAUUUUACAACAUUGCGUCAUUGGUGAGGCUGGUAAAGGAGAGGAUACGAGACAAUGAGAACAGGACGUCUCAGGGUCCGGUGAAACACGUGUAUCGUGUUCUUCAGUGCCAAGAAGAGGAACUCACUCAGAUGGUCUCCACGAUGUCUGAUGGCUGGAAGUUUGAGCAGCUUAUAAGCAUCGGCUCCUCUUACAAUUACGGAAACGAGGACCAAGCCGAGUUUCUGUGCGUGGUUUCCCGAGAACUCAACAAUUCCACUAAUGGGAUUGUUAUUGAGCCAACUGAGAAGGCUAAGAUCCUUCAGGAGCGAGGUUCCCGUAUGUGAGAGGAGACUUCCUUAGCUGUGCUGACACAGAUCCCCCUACUCCACCCUCUCCCCUCCUCACCUCUAUUCUCCCUUCUUUACCCAUACAGCUGACUCCAUCAGCUCACAUGGCUGUCCUUCCUCUCUCACCCUCCUCCCUUGUGCCUUUCCACAGUGGGGGUGUGUGUGUGUGUCCCCCUCCCUGCAGUGCUGCAACAUCGCCCAUCCUGCAUCAUCACUCGAGGUCACUGCUGUUAUCAAAAUAAAAAAAAAAAGCUGCAAAAUUAGUCGAUGCGGGACUUACCAUGACAGCUAGAGAGUCCGAGUAAGAUUUUCGGGGUCCGUCAACACAACAGCUAAUGUAGUCAUCCACAAUGCCUCGGAACGUGAUCAUUAAUCGCCUUCAUAUCCUGGUCAUAAUCACCUAUAAACUCUGUCAUUGCUGGCAUGCUAGUUACAAGGAAUGCCUGUGCCCUGGUCAGCUAGGCUGUGUUUCCGACGUCAGAAUCUCCUCAGGACUUCCAGGGGUGCAAAAAAAAAAACAAAACAAAACAAAAAAAACAGUAGACAAGACAGAAUUAUUUGCCCCUACACCCUUCUCAUAGCAAGCACAUUGACUCACUGUGUAAAACUGAGCGAGUGUACGAGUGAAAUAUCAGAAGCAACACUCACUCAUUAUCAUUUCAGUGUCACAGCCUGGCUUGGCCUUGGACACGCAGAGCCAUUUGUUUUCAGUUUGUAGUCUAUCUUUUGAUGAAUUUCUCCGUUUCUCAUUCGACCCACCCGAGGUCCUUGACAGGUAUCAGCUGUUCCAGGCCGUCGUGGAGGUGUUUAUUCACCCCUCCUAACACUGACACAUCAAAAAGAAACAUGCAAUGUUGGGAACAUGUAAAAGAUCAUGCAUAUGGUUGUAGUACAAUAGGACGUUUGUGUUUCAUAAUAGUCACAUCUGACUGAGGAAGCAUAUGAAACAGCUCAUGCUCCUCCUUUUGUCCAGUGCCUUGUCACUUGUAUGUAUGUAUGUAUGUAUGUAUGUAUGUAUGUAUGUAUAUUAUCGUGUUGUGUUCUCCCUCUGCCUGUUUGUGUUCAUGUGACUGGAAAACUGGACACUCUAUAGUCUUAUUUCACACCAUUUCUCACGAAUCGCUUUUCUUUAUAUAAGUGCAACAGUUCUUUUUUUUUUUUCUUUUUCUUUU